AUGAUCGCUGAAUAUGGCAAACUUCAUUCCAUACAAGAAAUGCCUCCACUGUUUCAAUCCAAAAACAAUUGCAGCAAGCUCAAGGUCGAGGUUUAUGUUUCCGAAAAGCCGUCAAUCUCCUCUCUUCCGCUUCAUGUUCAUCAACGUGCUCUACACGUGGUUGACGAACUUCUGCUUUUGAAUCACUCAAAACGAAUUACUGCAAAGGAUGCACUUGAUGCUGAGUAUUUCUGGACGGAUCCUUUACCAUGUGAUCCUAAGAGUUUACCCAAGUAUGAGUCGUCACAUGAGUUUCAGACAAAGAAAAAGCGCCAGCAACAACGGCAAAAUGAAGAAAAUGCUAAGCGUCAGAAAAUGCAACACCCACAGCAGCACACUCGUCUUCCCCCAAUUCAGCAAUCUGGGCAACAUGCUCAAAUGAGGUCAGGACCUAACCAACCAAUCCAUGGCUCUCAACCCCAAGUUGCUGCAGGACCUACUCAUCAUUAUGGGAAGCCUCGAGGGCCAUCUGGUGGGCCAGGAAGAUAUCCCCCCGGUGGGAACCCUAGUGGAGGAUACAAUCAUCCAAAUCGUGGAGGUCAAGGAGGAGGUGGUUAUGGCAGUGGGCCUUAUCCUUCCCAAGGGCGGGGGGCACCUUAUGGGUCCAGUGGUAUGCCUGGUGGUGGUCCUCGUGGUGGUGGGGGUGGGGGUGGUGGUAGCGGCUAUGGAGUUGGAGCUCCAAAUUAUCCCCAACAAGGUGGUCCAUAUGGCGGGUCAACUGCUGGCCGUGGCUCAAACAUGAUGGGUGGAAACCGCAAUCAACAGUAUGGCUGGCAGCAGUAAAUGAACUUUCUUAUAUUGAUCCAAAUUAGUGUUGUGAUUUGGUGAUUCUCUGAUGUAUUUGAGAAAUAUCAGGUAAAAAUUGAUGGAUCAAGUUAUUGAGAAAAAGUUUUGAGAUAUGGCCUCAAUGGAUAAUAGAUUAUUGAGAUAUAAUAUUACUUGAAGUGCCUGGAAGCAUUUGUGAUGCAUGCACCUUAGGUGAUGUUUGGUGCUGCUUGUCAUAAGGGGACCUUAAAAGUGGAGUGAACUUCUGAUUUGUAGUUUUUUCUUAUGUGCCAUAGAUUCCUCUGUAUUAUGUAUGAAUGAUAGCAGCAUGCUUUAAGAUGUGUAACAAGCUGCUCUUCUUACUGAUAUUCUUUCUGGGAUACUACCUUAUACCAUGUUUUGUUUUGUUUUGUUUUGUUUUACACUUAUAGUGCAUUUUGCUUUGUAACAUAAAUUUUUUCCAUUGUAAUAUGAUGUCCGAAAAUA